AUGCUAGGUGCUUUGAUGAAGGUUGCGAACCGAAAGAACCCGGAAGUCAAUUUGGGUAAGGUGGAUCUGUCAUGCGCUUUCGUCGUCUGCGAUAUCACAAUGUACGAUUGCCCGAUUAUCUACAUCUCGGAAAUUUUCGAACGAUUGACUGGGUAUGGGAAACACGAAAUCAUUGGCCAGAACUGUCGGUUUCUUCAAGACCCAAAUGGGAAGGUCCAGGCUGGAGCAUAUCGGAACUUCGUCAACAAUGAUAGUGUUUACUAUUUACGGCAACGGAUAGAGGCUCGCAGAGAAGCUCAGCAGAGUAUAAUCAACUAUCGAAAAGGAGGGCAACCUUUUAUGAAUAUGCUUAGUAUGGUUCCUAUUACUGGAGAAGAUGAUAAGGAGAUCAGGUACAUCGUCGGAUUUCAGGUUGAUCUGAUGCUGAAGCCGGAGGCGCUCGCCGCCAAGGGUGUGAGCGGUCUCUAUACUGUUGAUUAUUCGCAAGAGAACUUGCCAAAAUAUAUAUGGCAACCCCCCGAACAAAAUCGACCACGAGACGGUGGCCGGACGAUUAGUCGAGACGACGUUUCCACAGUUUUAAGCUCGAUCAACACAAGCAUGGAGUCGGAGUUGACGAAAAGGAUGUGGGAUAAGGUUUUGCUUGAGAACACGGAUGAUGUUGUUCACGUCCUUUCACUCAAAGGUCUCUUCUUAUAUCUGUCGCCUUCAAGUCGUCAUGUCUUGGAGUACGAUUCUUCUGAACUUGUCGGUACCGCACUGUCAUCUGUCUGCCACCCCAGCGACAUCGUUCCUGUCACUCGAGAACUGAAGGAUACAUCUGCUGGAGCUUCUGUGAACGUCGUCUUUCGAAUACGGCGGAAGAAGAGUGGCUAUACAUGGUUCGAGAGUCAUGGAUCUCUAUGCGUUGAGCAAGGCAAGGGACGAAAGUGCAUCAUCCUCGUUGGCCGAGAAAGACCUGUCUAUGCAUUGGCUCGCCAUGAUGUGGAAGCUGCUGGCGGUAUCGGAGACAGCGAGAUGUGGACGAAAUUGUCGACUUCCGGGAUGUUCCUGUUCCUUUCAUCAAAUGUGCGAACUCUGCUGGAUCGAAAUCCUGAUGAUCUCGUCGGCACUAGCAUUCAAGCGCUCAUGCGACCCGAAUCGAAAGUAGAAUUUGGCCGGUCCUUGGAGAAGGCGAGAACUGGAAAGCGAGUCACCCACAAGCAUGAGAUUCUUAACAAAAGAGGUCUAGUAUUGCAAGCUCAGACUACCUUGUAUCCGGGAGAUGCUGCGGAAGGCCAGAAACCUACGUUCCUGGUCGCUCAAACACGCUUGUUGAAGACUUCCUCCCCGCCUGCUCCAGAUGGGGGAACCCCAACCCAAUCUCAAAUGGUUUCUUCGCAUAUGAUGGGCGCUGUCACGCAAGCUGGUGGUACUCGACUUCCCAUUGGGAACCAAGAUCUCAUUCUGGCUUCAGAAGACAACAUAUUCGACGAGCUGAAGACGACUCGAUGCACAAGCUGGCAAUUCGAACUCCGGCAAAUGGAGAAGAGCAAUCGAAUCCUAGCAGAAGAACUCGCAGCCUUGCUACAGAAUAAGAAGAAGCGAAAACGGCGCAAGGGAGGAUCGACGACGCGCGACUGUGCGAACUGCCAUACUCGAGUGACACCCGAAUGGCGGCGAGGGCCGAGCGGGAACAGGGACCUGUGUAAUAGUUGCGGGCUGCGGUGGGCCAAACAGGCUAUUAUGGCACCAAGCACAUAUUAUACCCGGACUUGA